GGAAAGGGGGUUAACAAUUUCCAAGAACCCUUCUUUCUUCCUGAAUCCGAUACCCUUCUUCCCCAAUUCAACUUCCUCACCAAAACCCCCAAAUUCUGAAUCACCCAGAUUCUGAUUCAAAACCCCCCAAUUCUUCACAAACCCUAGAAUUGGGUAGAUAUCAAGAUCGAUGAUUUCCAAUCCGAGUCUUAUCUACUACGCCUGCAUUGCCCAGAAGGAAACAAUCCUCGGCGAGAUUGCGAAGGAGCCCGGAAUCGGAGCCUUAGCUCAGAAAUGCAUCGAGAAAACGCCACCGCACCAUUCUCUGUACACCCACACCGUCAGGAAACGGACUUACCUGUUCUCAAUCGCUGACCCUUUUGUGUUCUUCGGUGUUUUCGAUCAAGAUCUCGAUCAAUCGGAGGCGGUUGCGUUCUUGAAUCGGUUGCGUUGUGAUUUCGAAAGGGUUAAGGGAGAUAAUGGGGUAGAGGUUGGGUCACAUUGUUAUCAGGCGGAGUUUGAUUCGAUUGUGAGGGAGAUAAUGGCGGCUAAUUCGGAGGUGGAUAUGCCGCCGGCGAGUAGGAAUCUGAGUAUGGAUUCGAGUAGUGGGAAGGGGAAGAGAAUGGUACUGGCGCCGCUGCUGGGGAACCAUGGGUUGAAGAAGAAGAAGAGAUUGUCUGGGGAGGUGAAUGGGGAGGUGUGUAAAGAUGUGGCGAUGAGCGCAACGGAGAAGAAGGUGGAUGUGAUGUGUGAGGAUGGGAGGGAUUUUGUAAUGCCGGUGGCGCAGAAGAGCGGGGGUUUGGUUUCGAGUGAGAGGCAGAAGGCUAAGCAGGUGUGGAGGAAGCAUGUGUGGGUGGUGCUGAUGUUGGACUUGUUUGUGUGUGCUGUCUUGUUUGGGGUUUGGUUGUGGGUUUGCAGGGGGUUGAAGUGUAUCGACAGUUGAAUUGGGGGUGAGUGGUCAAUGCCAAGCAAGAAUGUGGGUCAGAUUUGGGAAGGGAUGCGAAAUUGAUGGUGCUAGGAGCUCUGUAAUGGUAACUCUCUGGCUCUCCCCUGUGUUGUAUCAAUGAAAUCUUACUUGAUUUACGGGUGUUAUACAGUUAGCUAAAAGCUUUUUUAAUGUAAUGCAUAUCAAAUUGUGUAUACAUAUAGAUGUUACCGAUGUGAUGAUGGCAUUGUAUUUUCCCUCUCCUUGUAAUGUUUUCAGUUGAUGUUGUAAUUGCUGCAAUGUUUCUCUGCAUUUGGCUCUAUCAAUAGAAACUGUUUGUUUGCUUU